UAAGUAGCCGCCGCCAGUCCCCUCCAUAACUCACAAGCACCCCAAUACCGUUUCCAUUCCAUUGAUAAGUUUUCAAGAACGAGCCUACCUAAACCGCGCAUCGUCACCACCCGGCGGGUUAGGCAAGCUCGCCGUAGAAAUCCCUCCUCUCGCCUCAUUUCUAGAAAGGGUUCUGAGCGGUAUUCCCAAUCCCUGCCACAACUCCCGUCCCCUCCACACAACCCGCCUCGCCUGUUCUCGCUACAUUCGCCAACCUCCUCACCACACCGUAGCCCGACUCGCAUUCAUCCGUCCAUUCCAUCCAUUUCUUCCUCCCUCCUCGCUCCUCCCUCCACGCUUCCAAGUCGCCAUCUAAAUCUGCACGCUGCUCUCAACCCAGGCGCCCAUCGCGCCUCUCUCCGACACAUCUCCCCACUCGCCGCCUCCCCGCUCAAACCAUGGCCGACGCUCGCCUGCUCCCCCUCCUCCUCCUCCUCCUCGUCUCCCACGCGUUCCUCUCCUCAGCCUCGCCUGUCCCUAAGAGAAUCUCCCUCACCGUGAAAGCCCACGCGCAGCGCCUUCGCGCGCGGGCCGCCGCCGCGGCCUCCACCCACUCCCAGGGCCUCCUCGGCCAAAUCCGCGGAGCCACCGUCGGACUCUUCUCGUCCGGCGCCGCAACUCCCUACGCGACCGGCGGGCCGAUUAAGUACUGGGGCGGGCCGGUCGUGGUGGGAAACCCUACUGUGAACAUCUACCACAUCUACUACGGCAGCUGGCCGUCGGGGUCGGGCCAGGAUUACAUCGACAACUUCGUCCGGUCUCUAAGCAGCGACUCGGGCGCGCAGGGCGCGGCGAGCGACCCGACGGUGAAGGGUUGGUGGGCGAUCACGAGUAAUUAUUACCAGUCGAACAACGCGGGCAAGAAGAAUGUGAGCUCCAAGGUGCGGUUGGCGGGAACGACGUACGACAGCUACUCGUACGGCAAGGCGCUCUCCGACAGCAGCGUCCUCUCGAUCAUCAAGAGCAAGAUCGGGUCCGGGAAAGCAUUCGCCUUCGACCCGCACGGGAUCUACGUGCUUCUAUCGAGCAAGGACGUUACGCUGUCGUCCGGAUUCUGCAGCCAGUACUGCGGCUGGCACACGCAGGGCUAUAUCGGAUCCUCCCCUUUCUACUACGCGUUCGUGGGACACCACGGCCAGUGCCCGAACUCCUGUGGCGUAAAUAGCGUCUCCCCUAAUGGCAACCCCGCUAUAGACGCAACCAUCUCAACCCUCGCGCACGAAAUCUCCGAAGCUGCUACCGAUCCGGACGUGAAUUCGGGCUGGUUCGACUCUAACGGGGAGGAAAACGCGGAUCUGUGCUCAUGGAGUUACGGAACUACACGCAGUGCCUCAAACGGAGCCAGUUACAAUAUGGUUGGAUUGAAUGGGAUGAAAUUCCUGGUGCAGCAGAACUGGGAUAGGCAGUUGCAGAAAUGUGUGGUGCAGAAUUCCCUCCCUGGGAGUACCACCACUCCCUCCCCCCCUCCUCCAUCCCCCUCCCCAUCACCGCCACCACCACCAGGGACUACCAAGAUGAACUGCCAGUGCACGUGUGCCAGUGGGAGUUCUCCCAUGAACUGCCAGUGCUCAUGCACUCAGGUUGCUUGAAGGGCACCUCAUGUUUGGAGUGGGGGAUUGAUCAGUGUGUGUUUGUGCUGUUGAUGGUGUAGCUAGGUGGCCAUUAUAGCCAAUGGCCCAAGAGGCCAGCCGUGGCCUCCAAGGGGAUUGUCCUUGAACCUUGGGAGGAGUGGCAGUAUGCAAGCCCAAGGCCCGAAGGACAAUGUUCUUGAGCCUCUUGGACCUUUGGCUUCACUUGCACCUUGUUGAUAAUAAAUACAUUUUUUUGUGAAUUAAUCUUUUUUACUCAU